AUACGCUCCUAGAGGAGAUCGGCAACGCUGAAAGAUUUUCUCAUCGACAAGAACGGAGGCAUGGUGGUCGGAAGCUUAGUCGGAAAGAAUCAAGAAAACAAGAACGACAGGAAUCCAAGAGGAAGAAGGCCUCGCAUUUCAGUCGUCCCCAUCACCACAUCGAGCAAGCCCCUUCGUCCCUCAACGCACCUACUUCCCCAACGAUCCAAAAGAAGCGAAAGGUUGCGGAAGAACACGCAGAGUCUCCUCGCAAAAAGGUUCCCCGACUAUCGAAAUCCCCCGAGCCGGCUCCUACUGCACACCGCCCUACCAAAUCCACGAAAACCUCGUCGUCGACGAAAAGCGUCCGACCCAUCAAGACCCCUACUGCUCUCGAACGUCUGGCCGCGAGGCCGUCGCGAACAUCGACUAAGCCACGGACACAGAAAGAGCGAGAGGAAGACGCGUAUAUUGCAUACCUCGAAUCAAAGCUCGGUUGGGUGAAGGGCGGAAAGAAGUCGUCCAGCUACGGCGAAGGACUUGAAAACGAUGGACUAGACGACCUUCUGGAUGGAUUGGAAACCUUAGAAACAACGACGUCGACUCUGGGUGUGUCGAGUGAGGAAGAUGAAGCUGAUUCUGACGAGGAGGAGGAGAAUCCGAAUGACGACACAGGUGACGGUGAGGUUGAAUCGGGCGAUGAAGAACCCCAGGGAGCCGAAGAAGGAGAAGAAGAAGAAUGGCAUGGUAUCGAAGUCCACAGCACGGAGGAGGACGAGACACUGGAUGCGAACGAAGCACCAGCACCUUCUACGACAACUAGAUAUGUCCCUCCGGCGCUUCGCGCCCAGCAAAUCGUAGAUGAAGGGCGAGAGGCAGAGGAAAUAAUCAAGUUAAAGCGUCAGUUAAAGGGUUUGCUCAAUCGGUUGAGCGAGCAGAACAUCAGUGUUAUAGUCGACGAUAUAGACAGCCUGUACCGGAAAAAUCGACGACAUGACAUAUCGUCAACAUUGACGAUGCUCAUCCUCGAUGGUGUAUCGUCGCACGCAUUGCUGUUGGAUUCAUUCAUCGUCUUGCAUGCUACUCUCGUCGCUAGCUUAUAUCGCCUCGUUGGGAUCGAUUUCGCUGCUUUAUUCGUGCAGCAUCUAAUGUCUUCUUAUGAGAUUCGAUAUCGUUCAUUUGAGAACACGUCCGGCAUCGAUCAGGCGUCCAAUGAAACCGUCUCGAAAGAAUGCUCGAAUCUGAUCACUCUCCUCUCGGAACUGUACAAUUUCCAGGUGGUGUCCUGCGUUCUGGUGUACGAUGUGAUCCGGCAGCUUUUGGACGGGGAUCUCUCAGAGCUCAACGUCGAAUUGCUCCUGAAACUUGCGCGCAACUCCGGCCUGCAAUUGCGUCAGGACGAUCCGCUGGCUUUGAAGGAUAUCAUUGAAAUAGUGCAGAAGAAAGUCGUAGGUCAGCCCGAGAACAUGACUUCUCGCAUGCGCUUCAUGUUAGAGACAUUGAUCAACCUGAAGAAUAAUCGGGUAAAGAAGGGCGCCAAUCCUGCUGGAGACGCAGUAGACCGAAUGAAGAGGUUUUUGUCAGGAUUAAGCAAGACUAGGCAAUUACGUCCGCACGAGCCUUUACGUGUUUCGCUUGCAGAUCUACAAUCCGCGUCAAGUAAGGGAAAGUGGUGGCUCGUUGGGGCGGCCUGGACCGGAGAUCCCUUGCUCGAGCGCCGGGAUCAACUUGAGAGUCAGACAGCCAUAGGGCGGGUCGUGGUCACUGCGGAGGACCCUCUACUGAAACUCGCGAGAAAGCAGGGUAUGAAUACCGACAUACGGCGUAACAUUUUUGUGGUCCUCAUGAGUAGCGAGGACUAUGUUGACGCGUGCAAUCGCUUGGCGCAGUUGAACCUCACCGAGGUUCAGCAGCGAGAGGUUGUGCGUGUUCUCCUGCACUGCUGCGGCAAUGAGAAAUCGUAUAAUCCCUACUAUGCACUCGUUUGCCAGCAGCUAUGUCAACGGUCGCAUUCGUACAAAAUUACGCUGCAGUUCUGCUUAUGGGACUUCAUUCGCGAUAUGGGCGAGGUCGGCGUGGGUGGAGCCGCGGUGGUGAAGUACGCGCAGGACAGUGAAGGCUUUGACCUCAAGAAGAUAUCCGACACGAGGAUACAAAAUGUUGCGAAAGCGUACGGGUGGUGGAUAGCCAAAGACAGCGUCACGCUUGCUAUUCUCAAGCCGGUGGACUUCACCAUCCUGAAGGAACGGACGCGCGGUUUCCUGACGGAACUCCUCAGUUCCGUGCUAAUCGAUACGCAAUCCUCGAACCCCCGAUACGCUCUAGACGGAAUACCGACAACGCGCAAUCGUGGUGCCAUCGAAGAAGUAUUCAUCAAGGCUACGAAGAUACAAGCACUCGCCAUGGGACUUGUCUAUUUCCUUACGAACGCUGUCUGCGACAAAGUAGAUGGAGACGCUGGUUUUUUCAAGUGGGCGGUCGGCGUCGCGAAGGAUACUUUACAGACCGGUCUCGAGAUCGUGCCUAUACUAUGA